AUUUAACCUUGUGGAUUAUUAGGCCUCUCUGACCCCAAUCUGCACGUAACUCCAUUCCUCCAAAUUGCAGCACCUCCCUGUAAUCUGUCAUCUACUCUUAAUCUGAGCACAUGGGGGGCAUAUAAGAGAGGUGCUCGCAUCCCGCAGAGCAGAUUUCACUCUCAGUCACUUUCUACUGAGAAGAAGGUUAACUCUCACCUAUCAAUAUUCUCCAUUGUAUCCCUUGACCAGUCAACCAAAAAUGAAUGGAACAGAAGGUCCGAACUUCUAUGUGCCAAUGUCCAACAAGACGGGUUUGGUGCGGAGCCCGUUUGAGGAGCCGCAGUACUAUCUGGCAGAGCCGUGGAAGUACUCGCUCCUGGCGGCGUACAUGCUAUUCCUCAUCAUCACUUCGUUCCCUGUCAACUCCCUCACGCUCUAUGUCACCGUGCAGCACAAGAAGCUGCGCACGCCGCUCAACUACAUCCUGCUCAAUCUGGCCGUGGCCGACCUGUUCAUGGUGGUGGGCGGCUUCACCGUCACCCUCUACACUGCCCUGCAUGGGUACUUCGUCCUGGGGGUCACCGGCUGCAACAUCGAAGGCUUCUUCGCCACUCUGGGUGGUGAGAUCGCGCUGUGGUCUCUGGUGGUUUUGGCUGUCGAGCGUUAUAUUGUGGUGUGUAAGCCAAUGACAACAUUUCGUUUCGGAGAGAAGCACGCCAUCGUGGGAGUGGGCUUCACCUGGGUCAUGGCCCUCACCUGCUGCAUGCCGCCCCUGCUGGGCUGGUCCAGGUAUAUUCCAGAGGGAAUGCAGUGCUCUUGUGGAAUAGAUUACUACACUCCCAAACCUGAGAUCAACAACACCUCGUUUGUCAUCUACAUGUUCAUCCUGCACUUCUCCAUCCCACUGCUCAUCAUCUUCUUCUGCUACAGUCGCCUUCUCUGCACUGUCCGUGCGGCCGCUGCUCAGCAGCAGGAAUCAGAGACAACCCAGAGGGCCGAACGGGAAGUGACACGUAUGGUGGUUGUCAUGGUGGUCUCGUUCUUAGUGUGCUGGGUGCCAUAUGCCAGCGUGGCCUGGUACAUCUUUGCUAAUCAGGGGACGGAUUUUGGUCCUAUAGUCAUGACGGUUCCUGCUUUCUUUGCUAAGAGUGCAGCACUUUACAACCCUGUCAUCUACAUCAUACUCAACAGACAGUUCAGGAACUGCAUGCUCACUACGGUCUGCUGUGGAAAGAACCCGUUUGGUGAGGAGGAGACCAGCAUGAUGGCCUCCAGUAAGACUCAGUCCUCGGUGGUCUCGUCCAGUCAGGUGGCUCCCGCCUGACCGACAGCUGGACAAAUCCACCCAGCAGUCUCCUACAGGCCAAAUAUGUCAGUCCACAUCUACUCAGUUUCCACUCAUCCAGCCAACAACUACAUCUACUACUUCAUUCGUUUCUGCCCUUGAAUCUUACAUGUUUUGUAAAAACUAGCCAAUCAGAUCUCUGUAGUUAUAGUGUAUAGUGUUUGUACUGCAUGUGAUUGUGUAUUUACAUGGAAAAUACUUUCUGUUUAGUAACUUGAUGGCAUCUCUGGAUUUAUCUCAACAGCUGCUCCAUUGGUUCUGCCUGAUACUCCAUCUGUUACAAUUAAUUUUAAGCUAUAGUCAGUUACGAUUUUGUAAAGUUCUGAUUUUCAAAGGAUAACCUUUUGUAGGCUAUUGUUCGGAGUCUAUGUGCUGUUUCUUUAGAAAGUUUUAUGUUGACAAGACGUGAGACUGAGUGCUGAAGCCAGAAGAGACCUCAGGAGAUUCACCACACACCCAGCGAAACUAUUCUCUGAACGUUUAGAUGUAAAUGUCGUCUGUGGAAGAAUUAUAAAUGAAUAUGUUAAUGUAUAAAGACAUGAAUUUGAUUACAAAAUAU